ACACCGAUCUCUUACCCAGUGCCACUGAAGAGCAUCUCAGUAACCCUGACCAUAAAUGACUUUGUGGCUGCUGUGGCUGCCACCUUAACCUAUGAGAAUAAGGAGAACAUCCCAAUAGAGGCCACCUUUGUGUUCCCCGUGGAUGAAGACUCUGCUGUCUACAGCUUUGAAGCCUUGGUGGAUGGGAAGAAAAUUGUGGCAGAAAUGCAGGAGAAGACAAAGGCUCAUAGCAACUAUGAGUAUGCCCUCACCCAGGGCCACCAGGCUUACUUAUUAGAAGAGGAUGACUAUUCCAGGGAUAUCUUUGCUUGCAAUGUGGGGAACCUCCAGCCUGGGGCUAAGGUUGCAGUUACCCUGAAGUAUGUGCAGGAACUUCCCCUAGAAAAAGAUGGGGCCCUGCGCUACCUGCUCCCAGCAAUCUUGAAUCCAAGAUACCAGCUCUCUGAAGAGUCAGCGAGCAGUUGCUUGAAUAUGAAGAGUCCCAUAUUUCCUGUGGAGGACCUGCCCUACACACUCAGCAUGGUUGCCACCAUUACCUCCCAGCAUGGCAUUGAGAGGGUCCAAUCCAACUGCUCCUUGAGUCCUAUUCAGUACCUUACAGAUGACAAGACUUCUGCUCAGGUUUCCUUGGCUGAGGGACACAAGUUUGACCGAGAUGUAGAACUCCUCAUUUACUACACUGAAGUGCACAACCCCACUGUAGCUGUGGAGAUGGGGAUGCAGGACGUGAAGCCAGAUAGUUUGAUGGGAGCUCCUGUUGCAAUGGUGAGCUUCUACCCAGACAUCCCAGAAGUGGAGGCCUCAAGGGCCUGUGGAGAAUUUGUGUUCCUCAUGGACCGCUCCGGAAGUAUGGACUCCCCCAUGAGCACCCAGAAUAAUUCUCAGCUGCGCAUAGAGGCUGCCAAGGAAACUCUGUUGCUCUUGCUAAAGAGUUUGCCAGUGGGCUGUUAUUUCAACAUCUAUGGAUUUGGAUCUACCUAUGAAAAAUUAUUUCCGGAGAGUGUGAAGUACACUCAGGAAACAAUGGAGAAAGCAGUGGAAAGAGUGAAGGAUUUAGAUGCUGAUCUAGGGGGCACUGAAAUCUUGACACCACUUUGCAACAUUUACAAGGCCCCCUCCAUUCCUGGCCAUCCCUUACAGCUUUUUGUCUUCACAGAUGGAGAAGUUAGUGACACAUUUAGUGUCAUUAGAGAAGUUAAGUUAAACAGCAAGAAACACAGAUGUUUCUCAUUUGGAAUUGGAGAAGGAGCGUCCACCAGUUUAAUCAAAGGCAUCGCCCGGGUAUCAGGGGGCAGUGCAGAGUUUAUUACAGGCAAGGACAGGAUGCAGACCAAGGCUCUUGGGUCUCUAAAGUUUGCUCUACAGAGUGCAGUGGAGGACAUCUCUCUGACCUGGGAUUUGCCACCUGGUCUGUCUGCUAACAUGCUUUCUCCAGAGCAGACUGCCACCUUUAGGGGUCAGAGGUUAAUCAUCUAUGCCCAACUGACUGGGUUUAUGCCCCAAACGGAGAGCUCAGGAGCAGUGUGUCUCAAGUAUACCCUCCAGGGCAAAAGUCUUGAAAACAGGGUGGUAUUUUCCCUACAACCCAAGGCAAAUUCCAGCUUCACCAUUCAUCGGUUGGCUGCAAAGUCCUUGAUUCAGAUCAAAGACCUGGGCCCCAGUAAGACCUCAGAAAGAGAAAAAGAGGAUGUGGUGAACAUCAGCAUUCAGUCUGGAGUCCUCAGCUCCUUCACAGCUUUCAUCGCCAUAAACAAAGAGCUCAACCAGCCAGUUCAGGGCCCUCUAGCUCACAGAGUGAUUCCAAGGCCGAUGAUACUUUCGAAACGGCCAACGAUUGGUUCUUAUCGAUGCUGUAGCGUAAGUUUAGCAGCAUGUGCAGCAUCUUCUUCAGGUCCUAUCCCUUUGAAAGUGAGAUCUUCACCUAUCCAAAAAAGUGGAAAGAUGAGAAUGAGAAAUUUUUGCGCUAAGAAAACCAACUUACAAAACGACCACAAAGCUUUUGGAGAGAAUGUUAUUGUGCAGUUGAUUUCCCUCCAAACGGCAAAUGGCUCCUGGAAGCUGGAUGAAGAUCUGGCCAAGAUCCUGGGCACUAAUUUGAGAGACCUCAAAGCUGCAAACCCUGCCAAGCAUGAAGACCCAUCAGCCUGGGCCACAGUGCUGGCAGUGGUCUGGCUGCAUGCCAAUGGCAAGGACUUGAAGUGCGAGUGGGAGCUUCUGGAAAGAAAGGCUGUGACCUGGCUUCAUGACCAUGCAGGCUCCUCCAUCCCCAUGCUUGUGCAGGCUGCCAAUGGUCUCCUGAAAGUAUCUGUGAAUCCUGAGGCCUUUGACAUCUGAGGAUGUCACCCAUGAAACAAGAGCACUGCCUGGCUUCCACUGAGUCCCUCAUUUCUUCUUGGCUGAGAAAGAUUUUGCAUUUUAUAUUUACUGUUUUCUUUCUUGUAAUAAAAAGAACAGUCC